GCGGAUUGUUUACCGAGCUCCUCUAUUAGGUAGACGAUUGCGCCGCGCCCAUGUAGCCUCGUGCAGCGCUGCCUCAUGGAGACUUUCCGACUGGGCUGAACGGCGCAAGGAGAGCUGAUCAUCUGCACCGACGCCUUAUGAACGCCUCAACACGCCUAUAAGAAGUCCAGAUUAUCCGGAAUUCCAUUUUCUUUCUCUUUUUUUUUAAGCAAUGCUGGUGAAUCUGUCAACCCGCAUACUACAAAUAAGUCCACGCGUCAGCCAAAUCUCUAAACAUCGUCUCCCAUACGCGGCUAUAAGGACCAUGGCAACCAAGCCCAUCCCAAUUGUCAUCUGUGGCCGCCACUCCGAGAUUGCCAAGACUGUCUCCGAGUGUAUCGGAAGCGAUUAUGAAUUUGUACACUUUAUUCCCACUCCAGAAGCAGGAGUAGCGGAACUGCCAUUGAUUCUACAGGGAGUCAUGCCAGAAAAGAUUGAAAGCAACGCUGGUUCUGGAAACAUUGCCGGGCUUGCGAAAGCCAUCAUUCUGGGCGGAGGCUAUGAUGAAGCCGAAUAUCAAACCAUGAAGGCGGCAGUAGAGGCGGCGCAGCUGAAGCACCACGCAGUGUGGCUGCGCAAGGACGAAGGCCGCCCAUCUCCUCCAUUUAAUGCAGACUACGGACGGCUACUCUCUGUAAGAGUGCGUGAUAUGCUCAAACAAUUGGAAGAAGAGAAGAAACUUGACGGUACGGAUGGGGGAAUGUAUCUAUACUGACGAACCAUACUCGUUAAUUAAAAUGUGCUGGCAGUUCAAUCCCCGCUGCCGUGCUUGGGGUUUACCAGCCACCUCGUCAGCACUCGCUGGAGAUUCUUCUUGGCUGAAUAUUUUUGUAUUACCAGGAGUAUGAGCAUACGUUUCAAUACAGUUAAAAUUUAUAAAACUGUAACUUUUAUUUUGAAAAUACUAAAAAGAAUUAUGCCCGGC